GACAUGACUUCGCAGCGGCCAACAUCAUCCUCUUCCUCCCUGCUGGAUAUUGUCGCAAAUCUCGCUUCGCCAAAGUCUUUGCUUUUUAACGCUCAUCACACCAACCCCCCUCCUUCCCUGCCGUCUCAACGCGCACCAACGAUGGAUAAGUCGCAACAGCCCAGCUCGUUCCAGCAGCUGGAAAAGCUCGGAGAGGGUACAUAUGCUACUGUCUUCAAAGGACGAAACCGGCAGACAGGCGAACUUGUCGCCCUGAAAGAAAUCCACCUCGACUCCGAAGAGGGAACGCCAUCAACUGCCAUUCGCGAAAUCUCAUUGAUGAAAGAGUUGAAACAUGAGAGUAUCGUAUCACUCUACGAUGUGAUUCACACGGAGAACAAGCUCAUGCUUGUGUUCGAAUAUAUGGACAAGGAUUUGAAAAAGUAUAUGGACACUCGGGGCGACCGAGGGCAGUUGGAUCAAGCGACCAUCAAAUCGUUCAUGCACCAACUUAUGAGUGGUAUCGCUUUUUGUCACGACAACCGAGUCCUACACCGAGAUCUGAAGCCGCAGAACUUAUUGAUCAAUAAGAAAGGGCAAUUAAAGCUGGGUGAUUUCGGACUUGCUCGCGCAUUCGGCAUUCCCGUGAACACAUUUUCAAAUGAAGUCGUGACGCUUUGGUAUCGUGCUCCCGACGUCCUUCUCGGCAGCAGGACAUAUAAUACAAGUAUCGAUAUCUGGUCGGCUGGCUGUAUCAUGGCAGAGCUAUAUACAGGCCGCCCCUUGUUUCCGGGAACAACCAAUGAGGACCAACUGCAGAAGAUUUUCCGCCUGAUGGGGACACCCUCUGAACGCUCUUGGCCAGGGAUCUCCCAGCUGCCGGAGUACAGGGCCAAUUUCCACGUAUACGCAACACAGGACCUUGGCCUCAUCCUUCCCCAAAUUGACCCGCUCGGUCUCGAUCUGUUAAACCGAAUGCUGCAACUCCGACCGGAGAUGCGAAUUGACGCCCAUGGCGCUCUGCAGCAUCCAUGGUUCCAUGACCUUCCGCAGCUCCAGGCACAGUUGCAGCAACAGCAAAUGGCCGGAUAUGGAGGGAUGAUGCCACCGCAACAAGCGUAUUAG